GUCGUAUUGGACUGGUUUUCUCACUUUGCUCAUAAAUAUCUCUCUUCAAUGACUUGUGUAAAUUCAUUGUUGUUGAAUUUUUAAUGACGGAACUACGGUGGUAAUUGCGCGGAAACGUAGUGCAUAAACGUGUGCGUGAUAGCUCGUGUCGGUCGGAGUAGAAGGACAUACGCUGAUGACACGCUAACUUUAAAGUGAUUAUAAAUCAAAAUGAUUCAAGACGAAGAGUAUGAGCUGCUGGUGACGACCCCAGAGCGUAUAGCGGCUCUGGGGUUCAAGCCGCAGAAGGAGGUUCUGACGAACCAUGUAUUGCCUUAUGCGGAAGAGCUGGAUGAGGAGUCUACGCGGUUUCUGCAGCAGGUGAAAACUAAUCUGGCGAAGGCUGUGAUGCUGCGUGAGAUGAAACCGGCCUGCGGGGUUUGGUCUUCCAGGCUAAUGAAAUACCUUAGGAUAUAUGGCCUCAAGUUCGGAAAAGAAGACCACAUUGCUCUCAUAAAAUUGGCAUAUGAGUUGGUGCUCAUACCUGACUUGGAGCCCUGCAAAAUACACAAAUUUGCCACCCUGUUCAUCAUGCUUACAAAGAAAAAGCACUUGGUAUCUCCCGAGGAACUUACCCUCCCAUGGCGCCCCCUCUACGAUGUUGGGAAGAAGAUUUUCGCCAAGAACACCACUAGCAUUGGCCUCUAUCAUUAUCUCACGCCUAACCGUGGCACUGGAGGCGGUAUGCUAGAUAUGAUACGCAAAUUCAUAUCAGGCAACGGGCUGGACGACGCCCUAAACAUGUUCGGAAUGGCCCGGCCAGGAGAUGAGCUGCCGACAUCUUUGGAAGGAUCAUACAUGUCUAUGGUGAAAUGCGCAAGACCGUACUUUGAACUAAGCGCCACGAAAGAAAUGCUUGAAGAGUUCCUACCUCAAAUCCACCCGUGGUCCACCGAUACCCACAUGAUGGGUCAAAUGACUGGGUUCCUCCCAGUGGGGCUCUACCCUAAAGAUGCGGCGCAUGGACACGAGCUAUGGUUCGAUAAUCUUAUGGCGUUAUGGGAUAUUUGCUACAACUCGCCGUGUGGAAUCUCGGACCUAAUGACCCUAUUCUCCGGGCUAGCCAAAAAGAACCCCGGCACAGUGGACUGGAGCCCCUACGUGCCCAAGAUGUUCACCAGGUUCCUCCACGCCCUCAACCUUCCCGUCAAUUAUAAGGACAUGCAGUAUUCCAAGAACCAUUCCCUUGACACCAAAGACAUGGCGACAUGGAUCGUAUGGACCAUCAACCCUGAUGGGCUGACGCUGAAGCAUCUGCGUUGCUUCGUAGGCGCGGUGGAGAGUUACUUGCACAGCGCCAAUGCGGGUCGCUGGUCGUACCGUCUUAGAGAUAUGCUUAGGAAGCUCGCAAGGGAGUUUUUGAACAGGGUGCGUCGUGAACGCGAAAAGCGCUACCGAAACAGCUGGGAGAACAAAACGCCAGAAGCGUACAAACUCCGCGACGAAGACAUCACAGAGUUCGUCAACAUCACCCUAGAACCGACACUCCAAGCCGUCUACAGCCGCUCCGGUUCUUUAGACAUCUCCAUCGCUUUGCAAAACCUCGCUACUCUGAGACCGGCUAUAGUGGUCCCUCCUUUACUUGAGAGGCUAAGGACAUCUCUAACUUCCCUAACAGAACCUCAUAGGGUUACCGCGGCUAUGUCAGCGGUGGCGGCCGUCGCACGACCCAUGCUCCAAGGCGCUCAUGGCGACUAUCCUGAAGGACCUACACAUGUUGUACCUUUGUUAUUAGCCGUUCUGCCCGGUCUUGAUCCUAAUGAUAUCAAAAAGACAUUAGUUACCUUGCACUUUAUACUGAUCUUCAGUUGGAUGGUCCCGUAUAUCGACUGUAGUUCAGCCCAUGAGCAUUGGCCAGAUUUAACAGAAGAAGAAUCAUUAACCUGUCAAUCUACAGCCCAAUUCGAGGAUUUCGUACUAGUGUUCCUUGAUAGAUUGUUCACGAUCAUAGAAUCCAGUGUCAUGGAGCAUGUGCGUUUGGAUACAAAGGAAUCCGACAGCGUUCGUAGUAAAACGGAUGCGGUUAUGGAAACUGCUAUUUCAUCAGCUGCUACCUCUGUAUUGAUGCAAUGCUCGCCUAAAAUAUUCAAAGAAGCUUUGAAGAAAUUUAAAGCAUUCGCGAAUGAAUCUACAUAUGAAACAAACGUGUCAGGUAGUAUGAUUGGAGUGUUACUAAAAGUUUUCGCUCGCAUCGACUCCGAAUCUACUCUAGCUGCGUUCGUACCCGAUCUAUGCGAAGAGCUAAACGAGUUAUUAUCUACAGAAGAGGCUAUUCGCGAUGAGAACCCUCAAAGAGACUUGUCAUACAGUUUGGUGUUGCUCAUGAAUGUUGUUGAAUGCGAUGGGGUGGUGCUACUGAAAUACAUUCCGCAGAUAAUUCCAGUAUUGGAUAAAGCGCUCAAACUUCACGCUAAGUACUCUCUGAUUCGUGCGUGUGAGAUAUUAAGCCGCAUGUUUACUUCGUUAUGUUUUGUGGAUUUGAAGGAGUGGAGGAGUUCUCCUAAGGACUAUGGGUCGGCGCCGCAGACUUGGUUGCCAGUUAGGGAGUGGGGGAGGGGGUGUUUGUUGAAGGAGGCGGACUUUAAGUGGCACGUGCCGUGUAAGGAGGAAGCUGCGUGUGCGCAGAUGCUGGUUGACAGAUAUCUGAAACCAGAGCUAGCGCGUCUACGUCAAUGGCUGUCCAACGAAAGGGACAUGUGCCGCGAGAGAAGGCUGCGUUGUUUCUACGUCAUCAACGCCGUAUUAUCCUGCAGCACCUUUCUACCGCCGCCUAAUGAAGAGCCUGUGACCCUCAUGGAAUCCCUCGUGCCAGCCACCAGUAUUCCAUUCACGAACGGCGUGAAGCACACAGUCACAUUAGAGGGCGAAAACCUACGUGUAGCGCUCACACGGCUGCUGUUGGAGGUUCAAGCGCGCAUGCUGGCUGACAAGACCGAUGAUACGCGCGGAUUGGAGAUGCUUAUACAGGUUUGGGAGCGAGCGGUGGUGAUGAAGGGGCUACGCUCAGGCUCGGGGCUUGAAGCUCGACUGCGUUCAUACGGGGCGUUGGAACGCGCGCUGGACGGGCGGGGGGGCGUGGCGGGCGAUGCACAUGGUGCCGCCAAAUUAAGAACGCUGGUGGCAGAUGGGGCCAGACUGCAAGACGAAGCUCGACUAGACCUCGUAUGCGACGCGGGCAUAACACCAUCCGCACUGCAAGCACUCAACGCGUUGUAUGAACUGUCCAUCAACACAUACAGCUCGGUGCGAAUGCUCGCUCAACUCCGUUUAUCCUGGAUGUUAUCUCACUACCCGUACUCCUACCGCGCUUUGGUACCAAAAUUGGCUGAACUGCUUCACCAAGGCGGCGAGGGCGAUGAGUGGCAUGCGAGGCACAAAGGCGCUCUGUUCAUAAUGCUGGGACCGCGCACUGGUCCACUGACGGCCAAACAAGACUGGGAGGUGGUCAAGACGCUCUGGCCGGCUAUACUCAAAGCGCCUCUCAGUGAAAAACCUAGCAUACUACGAUUGGAGCAAGCAUUCAGCGAAACCCUUCACCGCCACUUCCCCACAGUAAACACCCGGCUGGUCAUCUCCCAAUCCGCCAUAGAAGCAGCCAAGCAUUUCUUCACCGAAGCUGAACUUUCCGAAGCAAAGCUGGCGGAAUUAUUGGCCAAUGCUGAAGCUAGGGAGCUCGCGCAUUCGGACAAGAUUGAGAAAAUCUACACGGAGUUGGUAGAUGAGUUGGUUGACGUCGCUGAGACUCCUAAUGUUCAAUGGCGCCGUCUCGAGCUGGCCAUGCAAAUGCUGACCUACUGUCCAUCAGUCCAAACCCCCUACACGGCACGCGCCGUCCGCCUCGCGUUACAUUCUUUACUACACGACGAUAUAGCAGUACGCAGAACAGCACAGAAGUUGACGCACUUCACGCUGCAGCAGAGAAAGAGGGAGCUUAAGAAGAUUAAGGUGGAUCCGUAUGAGGUCGCCGGGGUGAAGAAACCGAAAAAGUUUGAGCCAGGUUACAGAAAGGACUUGGAAUGGGCCAUGUGGUCUGAAGACAAGAAAGUGCCGGCAACGGAUGAGGAGUGGGACCGGCCCUGGCUAAGGAACCCUAACUAUGGCUUCUACUGCUGGCCUGAACAGCUUGAGGUAGCAGCUCCAGCAUCAGAACAAGUGUUCUCCAGCGAUGUCCCCCCCGCAGAGAUGGAGGAAGGCGAGCGUCACAUCCACGAAUUCUUCUCCGAUGACGCCAACGUGGAGAAGCUGGUGUCAUUCUUGACGGUGGAAGAGAAGAAGGGAAAGGACAAGUUCAGUGGAGUGCGGUUCUCCAUGUUUAAGUCUCUGUUCACCCAAUUCGGUCCAGUCAUAACGGAGAAGUUCCUUGUCCACGCGCGGCGCUGCGCCGCCGACUCACAGGAAGCGCCUCAACGUUUCGCGUCCGAGGUGGCCGCGUCUGCGUUAAGAGCGCCGCGGUACUGGCGCCGGCAGGAUGCCUUGAGCAUUUAUGGCAGUGUGCUUGAAGUUUAUAGUGCUGGCCUAACAUCCGUCAUCCCAGAAACCAUGGAGGACUGGGGCACUUCGUUAGCCUCGGGGGUGGUGAAGCUGGAGCCGACGCGGGGCGGCGGGUUCCUGCGCGAGCUCCUCGAGCUGUGCGCGCCGCCCGCCAGCAGCGCGCACGACCCCGACCAGCACACGUCGUUCGUGGUGUGCGCAAGGCUGUACGCGCUGCAGGGUGCCCUUGGCUCUCUUAGGUGGCAGACGGCUCUUCUCGGCUUCGAGCUUCUGGCGAGGCUUGAAGCGGCCAACUUUAUGCAGCACCCGUACCAGAACGUGCGAGAGACAGUUGGCAGUUUGCUUAUGACGAUCUUUGACACGGAGCUGGUGUUCACCGGCGGCGCGCCGCGCUUCGCCGCCUUCCUCGCCUCCGUGCGCCCGCGACUGGAGCCCCUUUAUGACGAGAAUGGAGAUAUUGUGAUAAAAACGGCAGCGUCCAUGGCACAGAUGGCGGGCGCUCGCCGCUCACCGCGCGCGCGCUCGCCCUCGCCCGAGCGGCGCGCGCCCCGUGUGGACGUGCCCGUCGCGAGUGCGAGGCUCGACCCAAUUGAUGAUACUCAGCAGGAACAUGAGAACGCUAACGAACCCGGAGAAUCCUCAGAGAACGCCAGAGGCGAGCGACUCGACAAGAAUCUGUCGACACAUCUCGACACGGCGCUGCGGCUCGGCGGCGAUAGUGUAGCGACUGAUCUGCGUGACCACGCACGGGCUAUUAACCUGCUUACCACAGUUCUCCGCGGCUGCAUGGGCAUGAUAGUCCGCGGCGUGCACGGCGCCAUCACCGCGCAGUACUCGCUCGUGGGCACCGCGUGCUCGCUGGCCGCCCGCGGGCCCUCCGUGCCGCACGACGAGCUGGCGCGCGCCGCCGACGGCUUCCUGGCGUCCGUGGCGCUCGCUGCCAACGACGCUGUGGCGUUCCAGCAGGCGCUGCUGACUAUAGAGACUGUAGCUGCUGGGAGAUCGUGGUGGGCGCGCCUAGCCUGCCUGGACUUCGCGCAGCCGCUACUGUUCUACGGCCUGCCUCUACUGUGCGACCAGCCGGAGUUAGCCGUUCGCGCCGAGAACUUCACGCUCAAGCUCAUGAGGGACCCGCGACUUGAGGUGCGGCAAGCAGCCGGCAAGCUUCUAACAGGCCUGAUGCACUGCGGAGCCCUACCGGACGAGGAGCGCACGCUGCGCUCGCUGACCCUCACGUGCCGCAGCAAGGCGCCGCUGGAGCGCCACGCCGGCGUGCUGGGCCUGUGCGCCUACCUCGCCUCCCGCCCCUACAGCCUGGGGGGGGCGCUGGGCGCGGUGCUGGCGGAGCUGGCGCGGCACACGUCGGCGCCGGACCCGGUGCCGGCCGCCAUCCGCGCCGCGCUGGCCGACUUCCGCCGCACGCACCAGGACGACUGGCCGAGACACCGCGACCAGCUCACACAGGAGGAACUGGACCUGCUAGCCGACCUCACGUCCCCGCCCUCAUACUGCGCUUAGCAUUCAGACUCGUGGACCGAUGAAUCCAGCCACUCGUCGAACAUUUAUGGAGUCGACGGAGGAUGAAAACUUCGCACGACUCCCCUAUUCAUAUCGAAAGAACAUCAAUAAUGGUCAUCACGUGGGCCAUUCUACUUUUCGUUGUGCAUAAUUUUUUGACACUCUUUGGUGUAUUUUAGAAUACUUUGCCAUUACUUUCUUUUUCUGUUUUGUGACGGAGAAUGAGGCUUAAUUAGGCUAUUAAUCCUGAUUCUUAUAUAUUAUGAUAUUUUUAAUCAGUUACAGAUUGUCUCCCGAUUUCUAUGAAAAUAAGGCAUUUACCACUGCGUUACCGUCGUUUUACUUUAAUCAAUAUUAAUAUAUGAAUUUUGUUCAACAAAUUCCAAUUAUUUGGUUCAGGUACAAUUUGGGAAUACAUCUUUAAUAUCUUUUCAAUAUCUAUCAUACUUUUUUCUGGUACACGAUUUCAAUAUCUAUCAUACUUUUUUCUGGCAAUAAAUUAAUGGAAAAAAGUAGAAUGACCCACGUAUAACGUAUGCACGUUAGAAUCGGAACUAUGAUAACAGUUGCUAGGUGAUUCUCACAAAAACAUAGCGUUUUAACAUCUUAUGUAUCUCUUCUCCUAUCUCUAAAAUUAUAAGGCGAAUCUUGGAAUAUCUUUUGUUUUGUGCCUGAGUGGACGCUCGUUCGGCGGGGCGUGCAGCGUGGCGGCGGGCUCACAAGUGAUGUGAGCAGCGUGCGUGCACGUGCAGUACGUGCACUAAUGCCGCUCCUAUAGGUACGUUUGCAUUUGUUUAACAUGCACGCAGCACGCGUCGCUGGGGCGACGUGCGGCGUGGGUCUUGCAUAGAAGCGUCCACUCAGGCCUUACACUUAGACAAUUUCAUUUUAAGUUCGCACUAUGCUUACUUCCGUAAUAAAAGGCGUGCUUGACACCCUACAGUAUGAAAAUGUAGGUGAGGUAGUUCAGGAAAUAUACGGUAAAUGAACGCUGAUUGGUUUCGUUAUAUUUGUUAAAAUGAAACUGAUUUUGUAAGGUUUUUGAGUUCUAUUUUUAUUCGCCUAUUCUGCUUUUAGCAAUUAAUGACACUCCCUCACUUUGUUCUUUUCAAGUCGCUGCAAAGUUCUAUGCAAGAUGUAAUUAAUCUCUGAUUGUUUUCCUACAAAUUAAAUAUAAAAAUAAUGAUCCCUGAAAAUAAAAUUAUUACUAUGUAUCAAUGCAUAAAAUAACUACUGUUGGAAGUGAGAAGACAAAAAUAACAUUACACAAAUGUAUAAUUUUAAUCGUACAAGUUUUGUUAAGUUUAGCUCUAAAAAUUAAUGUGCCCAUGCCCUAGAUCUUUGUAGAAUAAUCUAAAAAAUAUUAAAAUAUUUCUUCAAAAACCUACGAACGAAAUAUACUAUCUUAAAGUAAGACAACGAGCGACUGUGAAAAAAACCUCGAUAACAAAGAUAUACUUUCCGCUGAACGUAAUACAAAGAACAUGGACAGAUUUUUUUUUUAGCUUUAACACGUCUUCUAUGCUGUGAUGGUGUUGGUUUUGUAAGGUGGGUGGUAGAUUCAUUCCUUCAAGCUCAAGAGACCACAUUCUGCCAUUAACAUUUCAUUUAUUUUUCGAAAAUUAUGAUAAUUAAUUAUAAUGAGGUUGGGCUAUUCAAUUUAUUUUUGUAACAAGGACAGACGCAAAUUUAUUUUUCGGUUCUUUUUGUUAGUGAUAAAUAAGUACGUGAAUAUUUUUUGUUACCAAUAAUUAUAAUCCGAAGUUUUUUUAGCCAAUUUGUAAUCGGCUGUUUCUUAAAGAUCUGUUGAAAAGUUAGAUUUGUAAAUAAUAUGUAUAAAUAUUGAUUUAGAUAAUAAAUAAAAUAUAUUUUGAAUGGUUA